AAGCUUUGUUCCUUCGUACUUCUUUUCACACACUUUUUGAUUUUAAUUUUUUCGCUUUGUUCGGUUUCCAAAAUUUCGUAGAAGACAAUGUCCACUGGUCGCCGUUUAGCCAAACGUUCAAUAAUCGGUACAAAAGUUUGUGCGCCAGGUCCGGAUGGUCUCUGGUAUUCAGGCGUUAUACAAGACGUCAAGACGCCACCUACUGCUACGGUCACUUCGUCGUCGGUAUUGGCAACGAGUGAUUCUGCCGCAGCCAACAAUAACGGUACAAAUCUUACCGCCGACACUAAAUAUAUAGUACGUUUCGAUUUUAAGACACAAACCAUGGAGCACAACUUGGUCACAUCGCCCUCAUCGUCGUCCAAGUCGUCCGUUAUAAUGGAGGCACGUCGCACUGUAAGCGCACAUUACCUUAGUCCCGCGCAAGCUUUGCGCCGCAACGCCAUGAUUAAGGAGUUUCGCGAGUCGGACUUGAUCGGUCCGGGUUUUCGUUCCAUAUUGGGUAUACAAUUGCAGCCGGGCCAACGAGUCUUUCUCACCCACAACGGACGUGAGACCUCCGGCGAUGUCAUUGCUCAUGACGUGGAAAAGGACGAUGUUGUCGUAAAGAUCACCACAAUCGGAACUGAGGAACCUAUUGAGCUGAAAAAACGUUUGGAAGAGGUGCGUCUGCUCGAAUCGCGACGCUCUGCUCGCUUGGCUGAUCAGGAACGCGACACAGAUUUCGCACGCCUAGCCGACAUGGGUGGCGAUCGCCGCCGAACAACAUCACACAGCAUCGAGGUGCCAAUGUCCUUAACACCGCAGAAUAACUCACGCAAACGUCCACAGCCAUACACACACGACUGCUUCAGCGGACAGUGCGGCGACAAGGAGGAAAUGGAGGAGUGUCAAGCAGCGAUGAUUUUAAUGAAACUCUCCCAUUCGCCCAAAAAUGCAGAGAAAUGGUAUGGCUCCAGUCCGGGCAGUUCGUCGUCAUCGGGCAGCUCGUGGAGUUCGGGCAGCUCAUCGCCUCCGCUCAGCGACGAUGGCCAUGCCGGCCUCAAUACGAGCGCCAUGCUCAACGAUCCGAGCACACGCAUACGCACAACAUCAGUAUCCACCUCGGACGAGGGCAUCGUCGUAGACUUCAAGGAGGAGGCGCCACGCAAAAAGAGGGUAAGUCCCUUUGAAGUCAGUACAGAAGUUCAACAAAUAGGAUCUCAAUUUAACACAAACAAAUCCAAAUUCAGAUGUACCUGGAAAGGCUGCAAACACAUAGAACAGACACCGAAAAAGAUAGAGCGACACAUACGUAAUGUUCAUUUAGGUAACAAAAAAGCACGUCGCUCUGCUGAUUAUGAUGAAUCAUGUAGCGAAAAUGACCAUGAGGAAGAGUUUUAUUAUACAGAAAUCGAAGAUGAAGAGGAUGAUUGUAAAACACCAAGCCCUACAUCGCCACCCACUCUAAGCCACCGUGAUAUGGCUCGACCACCACACGAAGACCCAGAAUACCAAAGAAAAAUAGUGGGCAAUUUCAAGCAAGGACGUGUCAAUCAACAACAGCAGUUGCAACAAAAUCAGGGUCAACAUAUAAAUAACAGUAAGACGGUAUUCCAUGGUGGCACUUAUUUUGCUACCAACGACAGCCACACCAAUCAGCAAAUGCAGAGCAAUUGCUUGUCAACUUCACCUUUAAAUCAUCACAACUACUGGCAGUCGUCAUCAGUACCGGUAGUACAAUCAGCACAAACCGCCAUUACAUCGGUUACAUCUAACUCAAGUCAGCAACUUCAUCAGAAUCAACAACCGCAGCCGCAGCAGCAGUCUCAAUUUGUUAAACACGCUCGAUCAUCGCCACGUCCGUCCCACUCGACAGCGCCAUAUCCAUCUCCAACGUACCAUCACAAUUAUAGCAGCAGUCCGAAUAGUUGCAUCAGUAGUAACAGCCAUGGCAAUGUCAACAGUAAUACAUGCAAUAGCCAAAGCAGUUCCAUCACACCCAAUAAUAGCGGUGCCAGCAAUAUGCUACAACAGUUGUCCCACCAAAAUAUUACGGUGACGGCACAUCAGACUGGUGCUCAUCACAAUCAGCCGCAACCACAGCAACAACUACCGGCUGUAACUAUUACGCCAAAUUAUACAAAUCAACAACCGCAACAACAACAACAGCAGCAGCAAACACAGCACAUGCAUGGUCACCAACAGUCGACCCAGUCCAGCGCAGCUGGAACUAUCGUGACAAUCUCCACAGCACAAGUUCACCAACAAUCACCACAACAACAAAAUACAUCUCAUCAUCAUCAUCAACAACAACAUUCACAACAUACAACCGUUGCCACGACAACCAAACACACACCGAACUCACCAAAUAGACGCACACGAGGCGAGAAUAAGAAAUGUCGCAAAGUAUACGGUAUGGAACGCCGUGAACUAUGGUGCACCCAAUGUAGGUGGAAGAAAGCAUGUACCCGAUUCGGUGACUGAAAAAGGGUCAAAACGUCGGCGGCGGCGGCGGAAACGACGACGACGACGACCGCUGUAACAACAGCGAAAAUAAUUUCGACGAGGACCACAACGACAGAACUGGCAGCAGGGCCGAAAUCGAAAUCACUAAUGCAUACAAUUGACAAUGGCAAUACAGUCACGAUAACGCCAACUUAUGCGAAGUACAAGCGAACAAGCAACAAUUACAAUAACAAUAAUAUUGGCCAUAACAGCAACAAACACAAAUAUUUGGCAGCUUCCGCACCAGCAACUGCCGUGGCUACCUCCGUCAUUGUGAAGCCACCAAAUAAUUUAAGAAAAAUCACUGCUAGCAAUAAUAUCCACCAGAACACUGCCAAUGGCAGCAACA